AUGGAAGACUGCAAGGCCCCCGUCUCUACCUCCCCCCAAACCUCCUGGAAACAGUGUCUGAACAUCCUAGGUGCCUACCAACAUGUGAUGACCUUUCUCUUCAUCGGACCGUCCCUCACCUUGCUCACCAUCUUUCUCCUCUUCACGAAGCUCUGGUGGCUGUCUGUGCUCUAUGGAGUCUGGCUGAUCAUCGACUGGGACACACCCCAGAAAGGUGGCCGGAGCUCCAAAUGGUUUAGGCGUUGUAUGUUUUGGAACUACGUCAGGGAUUAUUUCCCCAUCAAGCUGAUCAAGACAGCUGAGCUGCCCCCUGACCGGAACUACAUACUAUGCGGCCACCCUCAUGGCAUCAUGAAUACAGGCCCCCUCGGUAACCUCGCCACUGGGAGCACCGGCUUUUUUGACCUCUUCCCAGGGUUGCACUUGAAUUUAGCUGCCCUGUCAACACUCUUAUACCUGCCAAUCUAUCGGGAUUACCUCAUGGCCCUAGGCCUGUGCUCCGUGAGCCGCCAGAGCCUGGAUUUCUUGCUGUCCAGUCGCCCCUCGGGGCAGGCCGUGUUCAUCGUAGUGGGAGGAGCCCAUGAAGCUCUGGAUGCCAUCCCCGGGGUGCACCGUCUGACCCUGCGCAACCGCAAAGGCUUUGUCCGCCUGGCUCUGAGGCAUGGGGCCUCCUUGGUUCCUGUGUACUCUUUCGGGGAGAAUGAUAUCUUCAGGGUCAAGAGCUUCAAGGAGGGCACCUGGCAGUAUGCAGCACAGGUCACCUUCAAGAAGAUUACAGGCUUCUCUCCCUGCAUCUUCUGGGGGCGCAGCCUCUUCUCCCCAAAUUCCUGGGGGCUGCUACCCCUGCCCAAGCCCAUCACCACUGUGGUGGGCCGCCCCAUCCCAGUGCCCCAGGUGCUCCAGCCCUCCGAGGACCAGGUGAACCACUACCACCAGCUCUACAUGCGUGAGCUGCAGCAGCUGUUCGAGGAGCACAAGGCCAGCUGUGGGGUGCCUGCUUCUGAGCAGCUUACCUUUGUCUAG